AUUAGGAAGAAUCGUCUGCCCGUUUCCGUGCAUACGUCUCGGCAGAAAGUUUCAAAUAUCGUCAGAGUCUGCCGCACAUUCCCAGAAAGCAAAUUUGAAACUGCUGUGACUUUGUCCGCUUAUGUCGUGCACUAAUCGAAUUAGGAGCAAAUAGAGGGAAUAUAAACAUGUAUAACGGUGUUGUCUCUUCCACACACGUGAGGGCUUCGAACGUUAUUAGUAGAGAACCGUACGACCUGUUCGCGGAGUUAGAAACAGAGCUUGAUCAAACGCCGUCGGUUGCGGUGUCAAGUAGCACCAGUUCGACAUGCAACGAGAGCUCAAAUGAAAUCGACGAAAUACUUCACAACGUCAUGCAACAGGUGGACGCUGAGAUCCGGCAGUGCGUGGAUCGAGGGAAGCCCCUGACAAGCAUCCUCUGUUCGCCCCCCGGGCGCGCCUGGAGGCACAGGCAGUCCUCCUCCGCCGAGCACGCAGGGGCGGCGGCCAACGCUGGCAGACAGCGACCGCGCCAGCUUCCUCGGGGCUGCUCCUCGCGCUGUCCACCACCGGCGAGCGGCGUGCGCUGGCUGGACACGCCGCACGCGGUGAGCGUGACCCGGGGCAUGCGCGGCACCCAGCAGCUGACGCCCUUCGACGAUGCCCGCGUGCGCCAGGCCUACCACCGGGCGCGCUGGAUGAACCGGGCGCUGCAGUUCCGCAUAGCGCUGGACGUGGACGAUCCCGAAGUGCAACAGUCCCUGCAGGCAGUACAGCCUUUUGACUUCCAGGUGGGCGGCAGAGCACCUCCGGUUCACAUCGCCGGCGUCGAUCCCGACAUCGACGAGGAAGCCGAGCUGCCUGACUUUCCUGAUAUACAGUAAUGAGCGACGAGCUGUCGCUUGCAUCGUAAGCUAAAAUAUGCGCUGCUAGGUGCACGCACCGAAGAAUGGCACAGUGUUUGCUAGUUAUGCAGUUUGCGUUCCUCUUUUCCUGAUGUGCACCUUUUCCCCCCUUGUUGUCCUCAAGGUUAAUAAAAUGUGCGUUGAAGAAAACCGAA